AUGUUUGCGGAUGACAUUAAGCUCUGGAGCGUCAUUCGAACUGCAGAUGACGAAGAGCAUCUGCAGGCGAACCUAAAUCGACUCCAACAGUGGUCAAAGGCGUGGCUUCUGCCGUUCAACGAGAAAAAGUGCAAUAUUCUACGAGUCGGCAGAGCUCGCUCUCCGAACCAUAUGGCCUACUGCCUAAAUGGUAUACCACUGCAAGAAGUGGACUCGCAGAAGGACUUGGGAGUAUGGAUUACGACCUCGCUCAAACCCUCGCUGCACUGCACGAAGAUAGCCAAAUCUGCCAUGUCAGUCCUCUACCUUGUCAAGCGGGCUUUCUCUGCCUUUGACGAAGACUACUUCGCUAAAGUCUUUCGAACUUUUGUGCGUCCGCAACUAGAAUUUGCUAUCCAAGCUUGGAGACCCUGGACCGCGAAGGACCUCAGCAUCCUUGAAAGGGUUCAAAGGCGUGCAACGAAACUUGUGGCAGGACAGGGUUCACUAACAUAUGCAACGCGGUUAGCUAACCUUGAUCUCUUUCCCUUGAGUUACAGGCAGUUACGGGGUGACCUGAUACAAGCCUUCCGUAUCAUACGCGGUCAGGACUGCAGCCUCGUACCGGGUGACUUCUUCGAGUUAGCAACCACCACAAAUCUACGGGGCCAUCCAUUCAAACUACGUGUGACAGGAGCCAGACUGGACACACGAAAGUUCUUCUCCAACAGAGUGCUAGAAGCCUGGAAUGCCCUGCCUGUGGAUGUCGUUAUGUCUGCUUCCGUCGAGGUCUUUAAGAGGAAGCUGGAUUUGUGUAGCAGUGUGCACUAA